GCAGUCAGCCACGGAGAUCAUCGUCAACCUCAUCGAUCCUAGUAAACUCUCUGUUCGGUUUCUGAGUAAACUUAACAAAAAUGGUCGUCGCAAAGCCGUCUUCGUACGAAGAAUUUCGUCUGAAAAGGCUCGAAGAGAACAAGAAACGAAUGGAUGCCCUCAAUCUUCCUCAGCUCUCUCUCGCUCUCCGCUCCACUUCCCCUAAAUCUUCUCCCAUGAAGAAGUCUAAGCCUCGGACAAGGCAAAAACAGCAGGUGGCGGUUCGUCGAUCAAGCCGUCUCUCAAAUGUUUCUUCUCCGGUUUACAAAGAGGUUGAUGUUGAACGGGUGCAGAUACCUCGAAGGAUUUUCAAGGGGAAGGAUUUCUCAGACCAAUUCUAUGUCUCCCAUGAGGACAGAGCGGACGCUUUGGCGAAAGCUGAGAAAUUGCAAGAUGAAUUGGGAGACGAGUACCCGAGUUUUGUAAAAGCCAUGCUUCAAUCACAUGUUUCUGGUUGCUUCUGGCUGGGUCUUCCAGUUCACUUCUGCAGAUCAGACCUCCCGAAACAUGAUUGUGCGAUGACUUUGAUAGAUGAAGAAGGUGAAGACUACGAGACCGUAUACUUAGCCAGAAAAACAGGACUUAGCGGAGGAUGGAGGGGUUUCGCCAUUGCUCACAAUCUCGUAGAUGGGGAUGCAUUGGUUUUCCAGUUGAUUCAUCCUACUACAUUCAAGGUUUACAUUACAAGAGUCAAUGGCCGUGGAGAAAGCUAAAAAGCUUCAACUUGGGAGAACUGCUAACGAGGAGGCUUCUUCAUUUGUAUGUAAUGUAAUGUAAUGUAAUGUAAGAGCUGCUAAUUCUUGUGUUCAUCUGUGGAAUUGUUAGGUCUUAUCAUAAAAAAUUCAAGCUUGUAUGCGGUAUGGUGUUCGGUCGAAAUGCACAGAAAACCCUUUUGGAAUCUUGUCUUAAUUUGGUGUGUC